GCAAGUGAAGAAGACGCAAAGUCAUAUUCAUUCCACUGGUUGGUGGACCUGCCGAACCGAACCGAAGCUCACCGGAGACCAGAGGCCGCGGCCGCUGGAGUUCGCCGGCGGCGAGCGAGGGCAUGGGCUGCUCCAUCUCGGGGCUCAACGCCCUCUACGACGCGGCGACGGGCGGCGGCGACGUGUGGAUCAACGAGCGCCGCUUCCGCGUCCUGCGCCAGAUUGGGGAGGGCGGCUUCGCCUUCGUCUACCUCGUCAGGGAGCACCAGGCCUCCGCCGACGCCGCCCGCGGCCGGAGCCCCUCCCUCGCCUCAGAGGAUGGGACAUAUGCUAUGAAGAAGGUGCUGAUACAGAGCAAGGAACAGCUAGAUCUGGUGAAGGAGGAGAUCCGUGUUUCGUCAUUGUUCAACCAUCCUAACCUGCUUCCGCUUCUUGAUCAUGCCGUGAUAGCAGUUAAGAAUCAACAGGGAGAUUGGAACCAUGAAGCCUACUUGCUCUUCCCUGUCUAUAUCGAUGGUACUCUGUUUGACAAUGCCAAAGUCAUGCAAUCCAGGAAGGAAUUCUAUUCAACAAUCGAUGUUUUGAGAAUAUUCCAACAGCUCUGUGAAGGACUGAAGCACAUGCACAGUUUUGAUCCACCAUAUGCCCAUAAUGACGUUAAGACUGGCAAUGUUCUUAUAACUCACAGAAAAGGACAAGCACCUCUUGCAACUUUAAUGGAUUUUGGAAGUGCAAGGCCUGCAAGAAAAGAAAUCCGUUCUCGUGCUGAAGCAUUACGAUUGCAGGAAUGGGCCGCUGAACAUUGCUCUGCGCCUUACCGUGCACCUGAACUGUGGGACUGCCCAAGUCAUGCCGAUAUCGAUGAGAGGACAGACAUCUGGUCUCUAGGAUGCACCCUUUAUGCUAUCAUGUACAAUGUUUCACCAUUUGAGUAUGCUCUCGGUGAAUCUGGAGGAAGCUUGCAAUUAGCCAUUGUCAACUGCACGCUGAAGUGGCCGGCAGGACCCAGCCCUCCUUACCCUGAUGCACUUCAUCAGUUUAUUACCUGGAUGCUUCAGCCACAACCUGCAAUGCGCCCUCACAUCGAUGACAUAAUUCUACAUGUCGAAAAGCUUAUGGAAAAAUAUUCGUCUUAAACCUGCUGAACAUACUACUGACUUUGUUUACACAGUUACACAAUUGAAUAUAUUGCAAAUUGUGAACAUUGUUCAUGUCUGAGGUCUUUCCUUACUGAGAAUUGAGAUUGAGUAGGCACAAUUUAUUCUUUGUGGAUCUUUCAGAUUGUAAUUGACAUGCCUCCUAACUGUUGUUAAUUCUGGUAUUCAGUUUUCUUGUAAAAUAUUCGGUGAAUACCACAAGUUUUCUCAACUUAUAACCUCCA